AGUUCAGUUCCCAUUGCGCCAGCAGAGUGGGCGUGGUGCCCCAGCACUCUAUCUUGUUAUUGUUCCCCCUCUUCUCUGAUCUUGUUAUAUGUAUCACCCCGUCACCUUUUUGCCCCCACUCUGAGGGUCUGUGAUUUCACAAUGCUGCUUUAGAGAAGAGUGAUCUCUAAGUAGACAGCUGCCUGCACCUUUCACUUCUCUGGGUAGCAGCGUGCUGGCAGUUGGCUUCUAGUCUGCCAUUCCCCUCCACCUGCUUUCAGAUUUUAAUUGGGAUUGCUUUGAGUCUGUCCCCGAUGGGCUUCCUGGAAUAUUGGUGUGUUUAUUUGCAUCAGAUGUGCUGGAAUUCAUAGAAAUCUUGGGGUUCAUAUAUCCAGGGUAAAAUCAGUCAACCUAGAUCAAUGGACACCAGAACAGAUACAGCAGCUGGAAUCCAAAAGAUCUUGAAACCAGUCCUGAAAGGCUUGCUCCUAUGCAAGAAAUCCUGGUGGCUUUUGAGAGGAAGAUAGAGAACUAUUCUGGAAAAUUUCAAGUGGUAGUAGAGUGCAUGCAAGAUAUGGGAAAUACUAAAGCAAGACUACUCUAUGAAGCCAAUCUUCCAGAGAACUUUCGAAGACCACAGACAGAUCAAGCAGUGGAAUUUUUCAUCAGAGAUAAGUAUGAAAAGAAGAAAUACUACGAUAAAAAUGCUAUAGCUAUUACAAAUAUUUCCUCCUCUGAUGCUCCUCUUCAGCCUUUGGUAUCCUCUCCUUCUCUGCAAGCUGCUGUUGAGAAAAACAAAUUGGAGAAAGAAAAGGAAAAAAAAAAGGAAGAGAAAAAGAGAGAGAAGGAGCCAGAAAAGCCUAUAAAACCACUUACAACUGAAAAGAUACAGAAGAAAGAAGAUCAGCCAUUAGAGCCUAAGAAAAGUACCAGCCCUAAAAAAGAUGCAGAGCCCACUGUUGAUCUUUUAGGACUUGAUGGCCCUGCUGAGGCACCAGUGACCAAUGGAAACACAACAGUGCCAGCCCUGAAUGAUGAUCUGGACAUCUUUGGACCGAUGAUUUCUAAUCCCUUACCCGCAACUGUCAUGCCCCCAGCUCAGGGGACGUCCUCUGCAUCAGCAGCUGCUCCCCUUUCUACAGUAACAUCUGGGGAUCUGGAUCUAUUCACUGAGCAAACCACAAAAUCGGAAGAAGUGGCAAAGAAACAACUCUCCAAAGACUCCAUCUUAUCUCUGUAUGGUACAGGAACCAUUCAACAGCAAAGUACUCCUGGUGUGUUUAUGGGACCCACAAAUAUACCAUUUACCUCACAAGCACCGACUGCAUUUCAAGGUUUUCCAUCAAUGGGUGUGCCUGUGCCUGCAGCUCCUGGCCUUAUAGGAAAUGUGAUGGGACAGAGUGCAAGCAUGAUGGUGGGCAUGCCCAUGCCCAAUGGGUUUAUGGGAAAUGCACAAACUGGUGUGAUGCCACUUCCUCAAAACGUUGUUGGCCCCCAAGGAGGAAUGGUGGGACAAAUGGGUACACCCCAGAGUAAGUUUGGCCUGCCGCAAGCUCAACAGCCCCAGUGGAACCUCUCACAGAUGAAUCAGCAAAUGGCUGGCAUGAGCAUCAGUAGUGCAACCCCCGCGGCGGGUUUUGGCCAGCCCCCUACCACAACAGCAGGAUGGUCUGGAAGCUCAUCGGGGCAGACUCUCAGCACACAACUGUGGAAAUGAAAACUGAAAUACAAGUGUCAUCCAGAACUACCACCUGACAUUCCUUGCUAAAACGCAUCUAGUUCCCCUGUUUGUUCAUGUACAUAUAUUUUUUUUCUUUUUACCCAUUUGUUCAUAUUAAGAAUUAUCUGAUUGACCGUGUUGGUCUGUACUGAUUAAAUUUGAUGUGGUGAAAAGCAGGUUGAUAAACCAUUUUAUGUCAGAAGCAGCUUUGCUCAUAUUUCCUGUGAUUUCAUAAACCAUCAUUAUUUGAGAAGCUGCUCAGUCAACUUGCAUAAUCAGUUUUACUCUCAAUAAAAUUAUAGCUCUAAUGUUUGCAUAUAAGGGAAGUAGUUAUCAUGUUAGUAAUACCUCUAACAGUAUAAACCCCACCUCCCCCAAAUUAGCCAGUAAUCCUGUAGGAAGGUACUGUACUGUAUGAUCAAAUGUUUAAUCAUAUAAAUAGAAUGUAAAUGUAUCACUGAACACUGUUUUCUAGUGUAUCAAAAUUCUUUUAUUUCAUCAUUCACUUCACUGUGCUGUUGUUAUGAUGUGCUUAACAGGGAACGUGGUUAGUGAAAGGAAGAUAAACCUGGAUGUUACUACAAAACUUAGUUUAAUGAAUGUUUAAAGAAUUCAAAUUUUAUCUGCCUCUCUUGUAAUUUGGAUCUCUUCUUAUGUACAUAGUGCUAACAUGAAGACCUUUUUCUGCACUACAUGCAAACAGGGUAACUAAAACAAAGCCACUUUGAAUCCUUGAAGGUAUAUCCAGGUUUAUGACAGUAAUUGUGUUUACAUUUUAUGGUGCCUAGUAUUGACAAAAUGUUAUUUCCCUAUAUUAAACAGAUGAAUCCAUAGACCUUUUCAAUUGUGGGGUUUUUCUUUCCUAUAAUAUAUACUGCCACCAAUCUUCCAAAAUUACUUAAUAUUGCAAAGUCAGGAAUUGGGAAUGUUUAGCUGACAAAAUAUCUGUCAUCUUGUUUCUGAAACCUAUUGAGUUCUACCAAUUAUAAGGCCAAAUUGAGGAGGGAGGAAGAAAAGUGUAAGAUACUCAGAAUGGUAUCCUGCAGUGUCAUAUAACUCCACUAUACAAAAAUCUUCCAAUUUAGUUGUAGGGAAAACAUGCAGAACAAAUGAAGACAAAACAUACAUUUUGUACCAUCCAGUUAGCUUGUGUUAACUAACAAGCACUGUUUAAACAGAUGUCCAUCAGAUGACAGUAAAGGCUGUUGUACUGAAGUAAAAUGAACAAUACCUGAAUCUCUGCAGCCUAAACUCCAGACAUCCUCUUCCACAUCCUUUGGCCAGGUAAACUGCACCAGUUGUUGCUUUGAUUUUAUACCUCAAUUUUCACUGUGUCCAGGUGGUACUUUGGCUCAUUGGCUAGAUUAACCUUCUCUGUCCGAGUGUGCCACACGAGAACCUAAAAGAGAAGGAAGUAUUUUAAGUAGCACACUCUGGACACUGACACUCAAGGUCAGGCAGCACAAGUGAAAUGAAUACCUUGGUGCAGUUAUUUGCUUUUGGUUCCAGUUCUUCCACUGUUGUUAUCUGUUUUAGAAAGUCAGAUUCUUGCAUCCCGGGCUGGGAUCCACGGCGCUUAAAUACUGCUUUUGGGUUGGACAGGAUGACUUGAAGACUCACAGCAAAUCCUUUGUGAAAAGUUAAAAAAAAACAAAAAAACUUU